AUGGCAGAAGAGUUCGUGGAGCUCGGGUUCGAGAGCCUUGAUAGAUUCGCAGAUCGAUACUGGGACCGAACUUAUGAUCAUCUACCAAACAUACCAAGGCCAGGAAGAAACAAGUACCGCCAGCAGCAGAGACAGCUACCGUCCGGGCAAGCACCACAGCACCCUGACAAGGGCUACGAGUCAUCAAGCCCCAUCUCGGACGACGUAUACGGCUACAAGUCUGACCCUGAAAUGUACGGGCCAGACGGACAGGACGGGUAUGCAAGGGACCAGCGGUACCGCGAGGCCGAGCAAAUGGACUACAUGCACACAGCGCCAGGGCCGGGAUUCAGAGUGCCUCGCCGUCAGCCUGAAUACGACAAUGGGCGGAACACGCAACUAGAAUCAUAUGGGCAAGUCGAAGAACAAAGCUAUUAUGGCCGACCAGCCCCACACCGAAGACGGUCUUCGUGGUCUCCGCCGCGCUCUCGGGCGCGAGGAGGGUCAGAAUCACGACAGGUACGCUCAAGGUCGCGGUCGCAGUCGCGAUCACGGUCUCAAUUGGCACAGGAUGAUGCGAGGAAUCGGCUCAUUGCAACCAUUGGAGGGGCAUUGGUAGGUGGGCUUGCGGGCAACCAGGUGGGCAAAGGCAAGAAGUACGAUACUGCCGCAACGCUUGCCGGAGCCAUUAUCGGAGGGGUUGGCGCCCGGGAAGCAGCCGAUCACUGGGACAAGACGCGACAGAAGAAGAAGCAACCAAAGGGAGAGGGGUGGGAGGGUGAGUAUGGAAACGGACACGGUCGCAGAAACGAACGAUGUCAGGAGGGGGGCAGGUGGGACGAGGACAGGCGAUACUAG